GCCUGUUGUCCCCUGUGCGGCAUUCGGUAUCGAACUCGUUUCUCCUUUCCCAGUUGAGGAUAAGAAGCAGUCUGACGAGACGCGGGAGUCGCAUUGAAGUAUUUGGGGGUCACGUGUCAACGACAUGGCGGAUCCAUGUGAAGUAGCCUUUGUCAGAUAUGAUUUGCCAAGCCCGAAGUUUGACACGAACGGCUCAGUCUAGAAGAGGUGGCCGUGGCGGGCGUGGCGGGACACUUCUCUGUGCCCACGCUUGAUGAUGACAUAUUCUUGGAAAUCUUCGGGCGGACAGCGGCGGCAUUGUCCAGUUCCGAGGGUCUCCCGGGCUUGUUCGAGCGCCUCUAAGCUUGGUCGCCGCCAACAUGUACCAGUUCAGGGUAAUGCCGUCGGCUGCUGAAAUGUCCCGACAUGUGCGAGAUGGUACUCUACAGGUCGGCGUCGCCAUCCUUGUUGCUCCAUCCCGAGGGUUGCUGGUCAGCAGGUCGGCCAGGCAUCUGCCCCGCCGCUAUUGGGCGCGACGCCGGUGGCGCCGCUGCCUGGGUACCAGCUCGUCCCAGCCACGGUGGCCCAGCUGUGGUGGCAGCGGCAGCAGCGGCAUGGCCUGGCCCGGCACGAGGGGCUGCGGUGCAGGUGGCAAGUGGAAGGUGACAGCGAUUGACCGACUCGUGUGACAGGAAGUUCAGCUUCCCCGAUUCGGUGACGGCGAUUGACCGACGCCGCUUCGUAGAUGCGUAGGUUUGAACGGCACGAGCCCUAAUCACCAUCAUGUGCGCUGGAUCUGGGCUGCCCGUGUAGCUUGGGGAGAUCGGUCGGUGUAUGAGCAUCAGGUCCUGUGCCGAAUCUCGGACGCAGCAGUCACCGAUGACCAGCUGGAACUGCCGUCUACUAAAUGAGCGAAGCUCGUUGUUCGCAAGAUGGAUCUGGUGAAAAACGCGCGGGACCACGACAUCGAACCCGUAUUAUUCAUCGGUCGGCUUGUUCACGUCGUGGGGUGGGGUUCGCAGGCGGCGGGUGGAGGUACCAAUCCAGCCUCGGCCCGCGUUGACAAUCAUAUGAAAAUCCAGGCGGCGAUCGCAAGGGAGGGCAGAGAAGCCCGCGCGGAGCAGGGGCCGUGGACGCGGCAGAGGACGCGGACGUGGGCGAGGCUGCCAGGGGCCCCGGGGGCGAGCAGCUUCCCCGUCCUAGUGAGAUUGGUCGAUUCCCACGAGGUGCAGCAGGCCGAGGAGGCGCGCCUCGUGCUAGUCAAUUCCGUCAGCCAGCAUCUCGCCCUCCCCAGGACUUCGGAGCAACCCGUGGGCAUCGUUUUGGACAGGACGCCAGGUUGACAGGCCGCGCGAUCUGUUUCCCCGUCCGCCUUCGAGUGCAAUGGACAAUUUGCCCAGCCAUGCUUGGGCUCUGAUGAGGCCCUCCGCAUGCGACAGCGUCAGGCCCGCGAGCCCACCGGCACGUUUGAUGCGUUACACGAGUUUUGCGGCGUCGCCUCCGCGGGCGUCCUUCCCGGCCUCGCCCAGUCGAAAGCCCGUCAGCAGGUGCCGUCAUUUUCUUUUCAGUGCCUGGCAGAUGUGAGAACGCACAUUUGCCGCGUGGCGCGUUUCGUGAGGUCACGCGGACUGACCCGUCUUAUUCUUCAGGAAGGGCGGCGCCUUGUUUGAGGGAAUUUUUA